AUGGCAUCCGCGGAAGUGGUCCCCGCGGUGAUAAUCGGCGCGGGGCGCGUGGGGCAGGCGCUGGAGAAGAUGGGCGGAGGGCGGGACGUGGUGGUGCGGCGGGGGGAGAAAGUCCCCGAACGGGGGGAGGGGCCGAUUAUCGUGUGCACGCGGAAUGAUGCUCUUGACGCUGUCGUGGAUGCCGUGCCGGAAUCCAGGAGAGAAGAUCUGGUCUUUAUCCAAAACGGAAUGCUCGACCCGUGGCUCGCCUCAAGAGGCCUCCAGGACGCCACGCAGGUGCUCGUGUACUUUGCAGUGGCCAAGGCGGGCGACCCGCCUCUGGAUGGCAUCACGGACGUCAAUCCCGAGGGGCUCACGGCUGCCACCGGCAAGUGGGCAGAGGCGGUUGCUGCGAGGCUCAAGUGUGCUGGUCUGAGCUGCAAGGUGCUUUCCCCAUCAGCCUUCCGCCGGCCACAACUCGAGAAGCUGAUGUGGAUCUGUGCGUUCAUGCUGGUGGGAGCGAGGAACGGCGGCGUCACCGUGGGGGAGGUGGAGAGCCAACACAGGGAGGCCGUGACCCUGCUUAUCAAUGAGCUUGCGGCUGCUUCUGUGGCGGCUGGGGCUGUGGAUGGGUUCGAUGAGGGGCUCGUGGAGCGACUGUGUGCUUAUGCUUGCUCAGUGGCACACUUCCCCACGGCUGUUAAAGAGUUUGAGUGGCGCAAUGGUUGGUUCCACAACAUGUCAAAAGCUGCAGUGGCCGCUGGCAAGCCCGACCCUUGCCCCCUGCACUCUGCUUGGCUGGCGGACUGCGUUCUUUACUCCGCCGCGUCCCUCGCUGGCUGCCAAAUUGCGGCUCCCCGUCAACAGCAGGCUGUCCGGCAGUCAGUCGCCGCUGUCCGCUGCGAGGCAGCGUCAUCGGAGGACAAGCACGUCGUGUCCCGGCGAUCAGCCACUGCUCUCGGCCUAGCUGCUCUUCUUGCUGCGAUCCCCGCUUCUUCCGCUUCUGCUAAAGACAUCCCUCUUUUCGGCAUUAGGAGGAAGGCUGUUGAGGAGGAGCCCGCUGCUGCUCCAGUGGCUGCUCCCGCGGUUGCCUCGUCUCCCGCUGCUCCCAUUGUUGCUCCCUCCGUCGGUGUCCCAGUUACGUCAGAGAGCGACAUUCCCGCUGAGACCCAGGCUGUCGCCGUUGCUGCCGUGGAGGUCGUUGCUGUGCUUACCGCUGGCGCCAUCGUCAAGUCGGUGACUUCUUAA